AGUAAACAGUUGUCGUGAGCAAGAUCUCGUGUUAUUAUUCCAAUUUUUAAUUAAAAAAUAAUGCCAAUCACUGGACUCAGCCGUCGAGAUUCCUCCGGAGACUCCGGUUCUGAAUCAGAGAGUGGUUCAGCCUCAUCAGCCUCCUCUCGCAGUGGUUCCCCGGCAUCUCGUGCCCCAGUUCCCACCCCAGGGAACCCCAGGAACGAUCGUUCAGACGUUGAGGACGGGCCACAGUCCCCCGGAUCCCAACGAGUGAGUCGAAGUCGUUCCAGAAGUACUCACAGAUCAGCCCCAAGUGCAGGAGCUUCCCCAGCUCGAUCAGGCUCCCGCCACUCAAGCCCUGGAUCCCCCCGGAGCAACCAGUCAGGUUCACGUAGAUCAAGAUCUCGAAGUGCAUCAGGCUCCCGCAGAUCAGGAUCCCCAGCUGGCAGUGCAAGAUCCGAGAGCCCCAAAUCCCCAGGAAGCCAACGAUCCAAUCAAUCCAAUCGCUCGAGAUCUAGGUCAGGCAGUCGUAAGUCAAAUGCAUCAGGCUCUCCAAGGAGCAGACGAUCAGGAAGCCAGAGAUCUAAUGCCUCAGGAUCUCCGAGAAGCAGAAGAUCGGGGAGUCCAUCAUCCCUGAAGAGCAAACGUUCAGGGAGUCACGUGUCACGAACUAGCAGACGAUCGGACUCCCCAGGAUCCCCCAAGACUGCACGAUCAGGCAGUGGAAGCCCUGAGAGUGCGAGAUCUCGCAGUGGCUCUCCAAAAAGUGGAAGAUCCAAAUCAAGAUCAAAGUCAAGAUCUAAAUCUAGAUCAAAGUCAAGAUCUAAAUCUAGAUCAAAGUCAGGAUCCAAGUCUAGAUCUAAAUCUAGAUCCAAGUCAGGAUCCAAGUCGAGAUCUAGAUCAAAGUCAAGAUCCAAAUCUAGAUCAAAGUCAAGAUCCAGAUCCAAAUCCGGAUCUAAAUCCCCAUCGAAAUCACGAUCUGCAAGUCCAAGAAGUAGAAACAGAUCUCCUGAGAGUGGAAGAGCCACUAGUCCCAAGAGCAAAGGGGGAAGUGAUAAUGACAGUGAUGUUGAACAGGUGAAGAGAAAACGAGAGGGCAGUGCUUCAGGUUCAGACACUGAGAAGGCACCGCCGAAGAAGCAGAGGCCACUGAUUGAUUCGGAUUCGGACGAGGGGGAGCAGCCAAAAGACCCUGAACCCACGGCUGAUGCGCUGUUCGGUGAUGCCAGUGACAUCAGCACUGAUGAGGAGAAGGAGAAGGAGGGGGAACCAGAGGAAGGGAAUGAGAAGAGAAAGAGCAGGAGCAGGAGCCGAAGCAGGAGCAAGAGUAGAAGUAAGAGUAGAAGCAGAAGCAGGAGUAGGAGUAGAUCGAGAAGCAGAAGUCGCAGUCGAGGACGCUCUGAGAGUGGGGGUGAGGGUCCCACUCAGGGGGAUAAUGAGGACAAAGAGAAGGAGGAUGAGCCUGAACCCCCUCCAGAGACCAGGAUCGACGUCGAGAUUCCGAAAAUAACGACUGAUCUUGGGAGGGAAAUUCAUUUUGUUAAACUGCCCAAUUUCUUGUCUGUGGAGACUAGACCGUUCGACCAUGAGACGUAUGAGGAUGAGAUUGACGAGGAGGAGACGCUGGACGAGGAGGGAAGGGCCAGGUUGAAGCUCAAGGUGGAGAAUACCAUCAGGUGGAAGGACGUCUUUGGGGAUGAUGGGAAGAUGAGGAAGGAGAGCAAUGCGAGGUUCGUAAGGUGGUCUGAUGGAAGCAUGUCUCUCCAUCUGGGCUCUGAGAUAUUUGAUGUUUACAAGCAGCCACUCCAGGGGGACCACAAUCACCUUUACAUCAGACAGGGAACUGGGCUCCAGGGGCAGGCAGUUUUCAGGACGAAAUUGACGUUCAGGCCGCACUCCACUGAGUCCUUCACCCACAGAAAAAUGACGAUGUCGUUGGCCGACAGAUCUCAGAAGACUUCAGGGAUCAAGGUUCUGUCGCAAGUGGGGAUGAAUCCUGAUCAGAAUCGAUACGAGAUGAUUAAGAAGGAGGAGGAGAAACUGAGAGUCGCCAUGAGGGCCCAGACCAAAACCAAGAAGUCCAGUGGAAGUGGACGAAGCUCAACGAGGGCUUCUGGAAGCUAUGGGACUGAUGCUUAUCAUGAUGAUGGCUCGGAUGACGAGGGGGCUAUUUCACUCGCUGCUAUCAAGAGUAAAUACAAAAAAGGAGCACCAGCUAAAGAAAAAGAAAAGAUUUACUCGUCCGACGAGGAAGACUCUGACUUUGAAACAACCAGACCCAAGAAAAAUUUCAAAGGAAAAGUAUUAAAGGAUUCUGACGAGGAGUCAAAUGCCACAUCCGACAGCGCCUCAGGGAGCGGUGGAGAGGACGCUGCUGCUGCUGGUAGUGAUUAAUUCCUGGGAAGAAAGUUGUCGAUACUUUAAAAACAAUCAUUUUCAUGUGACAGUAAACAAUAAACAGUUCAAGAUGA